UUUUCAGAGCUUCAGUCAAAAAGUGGAUUGAAAGUGUACAGAAUUCCUACAGAGUUACCUCCCGGAUUUAGACGAAAACAACCAAUCAGGUCCAACCUAUCAAAAAUUCAGUGGUAUUUCUUUUAGGGCCGCGUUCAUCAGAUAUAUAGCAUAAUUUGGAUAUAGUUGUCAUUCGUUUUAUCGAACUUCAAAAAGCAAACAACAUGUCAGGAAGAGGUAAAGGAGGAAAAGGUCUAGGUAAAGGAGGCGCCAAACGUCACAGGAAGGUGUUGCGUGAUAAUAUCCAAGGUAUCACCAAACCAGCAAUCCGUCGUUUAGCAAGACGAGGUGGUGUCAAACGUAUCUCUGGUCUUAUCUACGAAGAAACACGUGGUGUCUUGAAAGUCUUUUUGGAAAAUGUCAUCCGUGAUGCUGUCACAUACACUGAGCACGCAAAGAGGAAGACUGUCACCGCCAUGGAUGUUGUCUACGCCCUGAAACGUCAAGGCCGUACCCUUUACGGAUUCGGAGGUUAAACAGCCAGCUGAAAAAUACAAAUACAACGGCCCUUUUCAGGGCCACCAA